ACUUCAUGAGAACAAAGGAACGCUACUUUCUAUGGACGUUAUCAUCGCAGUGCAUGUCUUCCUACUCUAGUCAGUCUAAUGUAGUCACGGUCUAGAUCUGAUGGUGCAGUUACUGAAGCCUUAACGCUGGUGUGGUUGGAAGAGUAGGACUACAAGUAGAUUGCUGCUCUAGGGACUUUCCAUUUUGUGGUGCAAAGUUGCAACUUGGAAGUCUACUGAAAGCAACAUUGUCUUCUCCGUUUGCUGAGUUGAGCCUUUUGCUAACCAAUGACGUCAAGUGACAAUCUUUUAGUUCAGCCACUACAAAGUCGCUAUGAAGAGGGUUCUAACUGAUCUUAGUAUCAUGACAUUGUUUUGGAUAAGUGUAUUGUCAACAUCGCCUGUCAAGCACAAAAAUCUAAGUGUCACGCCAUGUUCAAAUCCAGACAAUCUAACAAACUAUUGUGACAUAUAUCGAUACCGAAAAACGAGAAUCAUAUGCACUUUUACGGCUUUACAAGGUUUGCAGAUGACGUGGAAAUACACUCCUUUCAAUAUGAAGGUAGAGACCACAGUUGGCAAUAGUUCACGUGGUGUCCAAACGACUUCCAGCCCCUGUCUCUGUGGAGACAAUUAUUGGAAUUAUACCUCAACACUUGUUAUUGCCAACUCGGACUCGGCACAAGGCAAUACAGCCAUCAGAUGUUUGGGUACUGUAAACAACACAACACAAGAGGUUGUCAUGAAAAUAGGUGCAAGCUAUGAAAGAAUAGCCCUGCCAGAAGAAGUCUUCCAGGAUAACUCCUUUACACUUCAGUGUUUGAAGACAAGUUUUAAGAUGGAGGAAAAUACAACACUCAUUAAGGAGUUUCGUUUAGAGAAAUAUAAUAGUACGAGCGACAAAUACGAAGUGAUUCUAGUCCACAGUCCGAAAUUUAAGAAUUGCUCAGCAUCUAGUUGGCAACUGUGUCAGGAGAAUGGGACCAUAGGUUUAGUCAGAAAUAAAACAAACGCUGUCUGUUCAGAUGCAGGUCUCUACAGAUGUUCUGCUAUCACCUCUAAAAAUAUUACAUUUAUAUCUCCAUCGGAAUAUUUGAGAGUUUUAGAUAGACCAAGAAUCUUAGCAUACAAAAUUGUUCCAUGUGAAAGCAUUGGCUGCUCAAACGUGACAUUGGUGUGUGUCGCUAAGGGCCCAUUGUUGAUGCAUAUUAACUGGUUGUUUCCAAAAAGUAAAUGGGAUGAAAGUGCCAAACAGUUUACAGCAGCUCUAGGUCAAUCAGACUGCGGCCAUAAACUCUACAUGGUAACUUCCACUAUCUCACUGCCAGAGAAACAUCUCCACGAUUUACCGACAUGCUCUGUAGCUUAUGAAGACGAGUUCACUUCUUAUGAUCAACGAAGCAGUGAGCUAGAUGAUGAAGAUACAAUGGUCAAGAAUAUAAUUCUAGAGUAUCAAUCUCAUUUAAUUAUCAACUGCACACAGAAAUGGUUCCAUCUGACAAACUUCAGCAUGACCACGCUAAGUGUAGCGAAACAAAACAGUGAUGGACACCGUGAAGAACGUGCUAGAAUUAACUUAGACUCAAACAAAUCCCUAGUUACAACAGCAACUAAUUGGUCUGCAAACCAGACGCAGAUCUAUGGAAAUGUAGCUCUACAGGUGACAAAGGUCAAUGUCACUUGUCUGGAUGACGGUCUGUAUCUCUGUCUGGCAACAUUCUAUCACAAUCAAACCAAAGCUCAUCAAGAAUUGUUUCAAUCAUUUCUCAUUGAUGUUGUCGAUCGAAGAGUUGAGACUAAUCAGCCGCUCAUUCAAACAAAACAAUGUCCAAGUCAGCAAGUUUGUUGUGUUGAACAAAAUCAAACCAUCAAUGUGACCUGUUCUGUCAAUACGACGUCCAUGAGUGAGCUCCAGUUAUUGUACCCUAGCCACGAUGCAGAGAACGUCAGAAGAAAAAAUCAAACAGAACUCAACGUUAGGGAGAAGAGCAUGUGUCCAGUGCACAUUAAAACAUCGGACAUGACAAUAGUCUCCGUUCAAACCGACAAAGUUAUCACCUGUCAAAUAUUAGAGGCUAGGUCAGAGGUCAAGAUCAUGGUCCUGCAAAAACAGUCAAUGCCCAAUAUUUUUGCCACUCAAUGUCCACAAGAAAGUCGUUGUUCUGUUAUCAGAAAUAGCAAAGUUCAACUAGUUUGUUCUUUGAAGACAAGGGCUACUCCAUUGGCCUUUCCUCUUGAGCUGUACUACAUGUAUAACAAUGAAGAAAUUUCAAUUGCCGAAAUGCCUUCAAAGAUUGAAGUGAGUAAAGCAAGUAUCAAGUUCAAUCAAUCCUCGAGGUCAGAAUGUGCUGAGUACUUCCUGCAGUACAACUUGACCAUCCAAUCGCUGGAGAGCUCAACACAAUUCAAGUGUAAAUAUUUCAGCUGGACCUCGUCUGUCGUGGUCACUGUUAGCAAACAUGAGUGGACCAACACUUCGCUGUCUAGUUCCUUCUCAAUCUUAUGGUUGAUCCCCAUAAUCUUUGGACCUCUUGUUAUAUCAAUUUUGGCUGGAGUUCUUCAUGUUUUAUUCCUUAAGAAAACCAUAGAACGUAAGAUGAGUGUGAGUCAAACUUCUAUUGUAGUCUCUUCAGUAGCUGAGCUUCCCAGAAUCAAAUUGACCAAAGGUGUGAAAUCAUUUAUUCCAGGAGAGUCUGCUGUGUAGAUGUUGUAUCAGAGGGAACAUCUAAAAUUUAUUCCAGAAAAGUCUACUGUGUAGAUGUAGAGAGAGCAUCUAGGAUUUAUUCCAGGAGAGACUUCUGUGUAGAUGUUGUAUCAGGGGGGAACAUCUAGGAUUUAUUUAAAAGAGUCUGCUGUGUAGAUGUAGAGGGAACAUCUAAGAUUUAUUCCAGAAGAGUCUGCUGUGUAGAUGUAAAGGAAACAUCUAGAAUUUAUUCCAGGACUGUCUGCUGUGUAGAUUUUGUAUCAGGAGGAACAUCUAGGAUUUAUUCCAGAAGAGUCUGAUGUGUAGAUGUAGAGGGAACAUCUAGGAUUUAUUCCAGAAGAGUCUGCUGUGUAGAGGGAACAUCUAGUACUGUACUAAAACCAUUGAAUUCUAUUUAGUAUAAUUAUAUCUUUGUACACCUCUUCCCUUCAAGUUGUAUAUGUUGACGUCAUAGUAAGACGGGCACUGCUUCUAUGUCAUCGUUCAAUACUCUUCCAACGGAUUCAAUAAAUGUUUUAGAAUCUUUUGAACUCUU